GCGGGUUGUGAGGGGCGGGCUUUCUGUGGUGCGGCCGGCUGGCAGCUAUGGCGGCCGUUCGCGGCCUGCGGGUGUCUGUGAAGGCAGAGGCCCCGGCUGGGCCCCCGGCUUUGGGUCUCCCGUCGCCCGAGGUGGAGUCCGGCUUGGAGCGUGGCGAGCCGGAGCCCAUGGAGGUGGAGGAGGGCGAGUUGGAAAUCGUGCCGGUGCGGCGCUCGCUAAAGGAACUGCUCCCGGACACAAGCAGAAGAUAUGAAAACAAGGCUGGCAGCUUCAUCACUGGAAUCGAUGUUACCUCCAAGGAAGCAAUUGAAAAGAAAGAACAGCGAGCCAAGCGCUUCCACUUUCGAGCAGAAGUAAAUCUUGCCCAGAGAAAUGUAGCCUUGGACCGAGACAUGAUGAAGAAAGCAAUCCCCAAAGUGAGACUGGAGACCAUCUACAUUUGUGGAGUAGAUGAGAUGAGUACCCAGGAUAUCUUUUCCUAUUUUAAAGAAUAUCCUCCAGCUCACAUCGAGUGGUUGGAUGAUACCUCCUGUAAUGUGGUUUGGCUGGAUGAGAUGACAGCCACACGAGCUCUCAUCAAUAUGAGCUCUCUGCCAGCUCAGGAUAAGAUAAGAAGCAGAGAUACCAGUGAAGACAAGUUGUCUGAGAAGAACAAGAAAGACAAGCAGGAAGACAGUUCAGAUGACGACGAGACUGAAGAAGGAGAAGUUGAAGAUGAGAAUUCAAGUGAUGUAGAGUUGGACACAUUGUCUCAGGUAGAAGAAGAGUCUCUGUUAAGAAAUGAUCUUCGUCCAGCUAACAAACUUGCUAAAGGAAAUAGGCUAUUCAUGAGAUUUGCUACAAAAGAUGACAAAAAGGAACUUGGAGCAGCCAGAAGAAGUCAAUAUUAUAUGAAAUAUGGAAAUCCAAAUUAUGGAGGCAUGAAAGGAAUUCUUAGCAAUUCAUGGAAGCGAAGAUAUCAUUCCCGUCGCAUUCAGCGGGAUGUGAUCAAGAAGAGAGCCCUGAUUGGGGAUGACGUUGGCUUGACGUCGUAUAAACACCGACAUUCCGGAUUAGUGAAUGUUCCUGAGGAACCCAUUGAAGAAGAGGAAGAGGAAGAGGAGGACCAAGACAUGGAUGCAGAUGACAGGGUCGUGGUGGAGUACCAUGAGGAGUUCCCAGCUCUCAGGCAGUCCCGGGAGCGGAGUGUGUCUAGGCGGUCCAGUGCGAGCAGCUCAGACUCAGAUGAGAUGGACUAUGAUCUAGAACUGAAGAUGAUUUCCACUCCUUCCCCAAAGAAAAGCAUGAAAAUGACCAUGUAUGCAGAUGAAGUGGAAUCUCAGUUGAAAAGUAUUAGGAACUCUAUGAGGGCAGAUAGUAUAUCCACAAGCAAUAUAAAAAACCGAAUUGGUAACAAAUUGCCGCCUGAGAAAUUUUCAGAUGUUCGACACCUCUUAGAUGAAAAGCGUCAGCACUCGUGUCCACGGCCAGCGGUUGGCAGUACUAAACCAGAUAUUCGUCAGCGGUUAGGAAAAAGACCAUAUUCUCCAGAAAAGGCUUUUAGUAGUAAUCAAGUGAUUCGGAGAGAGCCCUCUUCAGAUGUACAUAGUAGGCUAGGUGUUCCUAGACAAGAUGUUAAAGGCCUCUACUCUGAUACUCGGGAGAGGAAAUCAGGUGGUUUAUGGACUCGCUUAGGAUCUACACCCAAGACCAAAGAAAAGAACACGAAGAAAGUGGAUCACAGGCCGUCUGGUGCUGAGGAAGAUGACUCGGAGCUUCAGAGGGCAUGGGGUGCUUUGAUUAAGGAGAAAGAACAGUCUCGCCAGAAAAAGAGUCGGCUAGAUAGCUUGCCAUCGCUCCAGAUUGAAGUCAGCCGGGGAAAGUAGCUCUGGUUCAGAGGCAGAGUCCUGAUGCUCUGGACUUGGCAGCUGCCCUCAAAUCUGACAUUAUUCCACAGGGUGGGGCACACAGUAGGAACCUCCCUUGCAGAAGUUGGCGCCCUUCCCUCCUACCUGCACCCUGAACUCUUGCUGUCCCAGUGGGCAGAUUUAGAGUGUGAUGAGUGUUGAAGGGCGUCUCUGUCUUGUGCUGCAGAGCUACAGUUCUGGGCCCUCAAGUCUUCUCCCCCACCACCCCACAAGCUUUACCCUUGGAGAAAAAGGCAACCCUCCAGAUUUUGUAGACGUUUUCUUAAUAUUUUUAACAUUGUGUCUUUUAAAAGAAAUGUUUUACACAGUUCAUCCAAAGAGCAGAGAACUGAACUUCUCACUGUUGCCUUGGCCCUGACAGCUCUUGCCAGCACCCUUUUCCCAAGAAAAGUCAGUUUCUAGGUGCUUAUUGGACAGUCUUUGAGGGGGAAGAUGAGGGACGCUGCCAGCCCAGCCUUCCAGCACCUUAGUGUGGGGGCUGAAUCUCAGAUCUGACCUGAGCUGCGUCUGCCCUCCCGGGUAGAUAGAGCUGUAGCAGCAAUGGCUUCCAUUCCUCCCUGGGGAGUUUCUGUUAGGACCUUUUAUUGGCUGUUAGCCUGAUGGGAAGACCUAGGUCAGUGCUGUGGGACUUCUAGGGACAAACAACUGUGACUUCUGAAUUUGGAGUUGAUUUCUGUGCUUAGGGAUGGGGUCUUGGGUUAAUGUUGAACACUUUUUAAGUCUGUAUUAUGUUUAAAGACUAUUAAUGACUUAAAAGUUUAAAUUCUUAAUUUUUAUAUGUGGAUAUUCCUCCUGUUGGCUACAGGGGAAGCUCAAGUGGUGUCUCUUGUGUUGUUAAAUAUACAUCAUAUACUUUGGAAGAAGGCAGAGGGGAGUCUCUUUAUUUUGAAUGAUACUAGUUGUAUGGUCUGUUGUACAUGAGUUCAACUUGCUUUGUGGCCACUGUAGGAAAAACUGUCUGUCUGCAGUGGACUCUUGUUCAUUACACUUUUCUAGAAGGGAUGGGUUGAUUCAUUCUUUCUGUCUCUGACUUGUCACUGAAGACUUAUUCAAAACUAGCAAAUAAGAUAAUAGUUUCAGAAAAUUUUAGUUUAUUUUUAAUCUUUCAAAUUAUUUUACCAUGCAGAGGCAGUAGAUUAUUUGGCCUCUCCUCUGACUUUUACUUUGCAUUAUUCAAUACUGUAUUCCUCUACAGGUGUAAAAAUGGUUUUUCACUUGAGCACAUUAGAAUCUUGGAGUUAGAGAUAAUGGUGAGCCAUCGUCCCUUUGGGAUAUCAAGCUCUUCACCUGCUUGGAUUGUUCUGAUCCAUAGAGCACUUGGCUUGUGGUUGAGCACAUGUCCCAUUGAUGGUUGACUACAUUGUGAAUGAACAGUGUUGUAAGCAGAGAAGCAGAAGGCUUAAGAACUGAAAAUUGUAACAAACCUGUAUCAUAUGUAUUAUUUGGUUAAACCCCCACCCCCCACCCCCAUCAGAAAAGAUGAGCAUAUAACCAAAGUGGUUUGACUUCUGGGAAUCCUAGAAAGGUGGUUUUGAUUUCUCCACUAGCUCAGACCUAAGGCCUCCAGAGUUUCUAAGCUUCUCUUGCCCUGUGUAGUUCACAGCUCACAGCCAGGUUCUUAGAUGUUCAGGCUUUGGUAGAGUGAAAAGAAAAAGGGUCCUGAGAGCAGACCUGGAUGCCAACCAGGACUCUGCCCAGUGGGCCUGCACCUUCGUUUCCCCCAUGAGGCAAGUAAAUGGUCUGGUGCAGUUUCUGGCUUUGUUGGUAUCUCUUAGUGAUAUUUUAUUAUUCUUGAAGCUGUGGCUGCAGCAUGUUUUCUGUUGAGGUGGCCAAAGUGUCAGGAAGACAAGGUAAGUGUGAGGUUGUGGGCAGGCACUUAGCCCAGGCUCUGGUUCUGCCAGUGCGUUGAUGUAGAUGUGCUUCCCACCUGACAUGGUUUCCUCAGGGUUUAGACAACUCCCCCGGCUUGCUUUCUGUUUCUCAAUUAUAAUGCUUCCAUCCACCAGUCCAGGCCCAUUGCCUAGGGUCUUGGAGCACUUGUCAAUCUCCUGCUAGAGAUGAGGGGGAGGACUUCAUGGAAGAUAGGUAGUAUAUAUUCAAAAUUAGCCCUUUGAGCUGACCUAGAAAGAUGUCCACUUCAGCAGCCUUGCAGUUGAACACAGAGAACCCAGAAAGGUAUGUACUGCCUAAAGUGAUGGCCUUCCCAGCCUCUCUCUCCAGCCUGCCUUUGGAGCUGCUCAGGUCUUUAGUACCUUGAGCCCUUUGUGCUUAGGAGUGACAGUGGAUAGUCAGGACAGCCCCGCAGACAGCUGGGUAUGCUUUAUCCAGGUCUCUUUCUGUACAUGUGGGGUUAGUCUCUACAUGUAGAAGAUUUUAAAUACACUUCUGCUGCUUGAUAAUAAUCGCAGAUACCUCAUCUGUUUCCUACUCUCCCUCUUUAUAGAGGGGCCAGAUAGCCUCUGGCCUUCCUCUAGCCUGAUACGAGCAUCCUUCCCUGCUUCUGUCCUCCCUCACUGCUGCAGCCUCUCUCAACUCUUCCUCUCCAUUCUUCACAUUGUAGCCGGGGUGAACCUUUGCUUGAGAGAUUUAAAGUGCACAUUUCAGUUGGCUGUAGGCUAUUUGCAGAGUUGUGUAACCAUUAUCAUAAUCAACUCUAGGACAUUUUCAUCACCAAAACAUCUUGUUCCCACUAGUAGUCAUCCUUCAUUCUUACCUCUCCCCAGACCUGGCAACUGCUAAUCGUUCUGUCCUUGAGGGCUUAUUUGCCUAUUAAUGGACAUUUCAUAAAUGUCCUAUGCUAUGUGUCUAUUUAUAUCAUUUCAAGGUUCAUCCAUGCCAUUUCAGUUCUUUCUUUUUCUCUCCCUCCUCCUCCUCCUUCUCUCUCUCUCUCUCUCUCUCUCUCUCUCUCUCUCUCUCUCUCUCUCUCUCUCUCUCUCUCGUGUGUGUGUGUGUGUGUGUGUGUGUUUAGACAGGUUUUAAUUGUGUAGCCCUGGCUACCCUCAAUCUCCCUAUGUAGACCAAGCUGACCUUGAAUUCACAGAGAUUGUCUUCUCUGCUUCCCAAGUGCUGGGAUUAAAGGUGUGCGGCAGUGUGCCUGCCAGUGCUUUUUUUUUUUUUUUUUUUUUUUUUCAGUUUUUAAAAUUGUGUAUAUAUUUUAUUUAAUUAAAUAUUUCAUUUAAUGGGCAUUCUGUGAUUUCUAGUUUGAGACUAUUGUGAAUAGGCUUCUGUGAAUAUUUGUGUGCAGCUCCCCUUCACGGACAUGUGUUUUCAUUCUUAUAUGUAGGAGUGGAAUCAGUGGAUCAUAUGUUAGCUCUUACCUUUAGUCUUUGGAGGAAUUGCCAAGCUGUGUUCCCAUGGAGUGUAUCAGACUUCCAGUUUAUCACAUCUUCUCCAAUACUUACUCUCCACUGUGAGAUGGUAUUUUAUUUUGUGUGUGUGCGCGUGUGUUUUGUUUUGUUACAGUGCAGGGGAUCAAACCCAGGACCUUGCACAUGUAGACAAGGGCUGUACCACUGAGCUACAUCCUAGUCCCAGAAUGGUUCUGAGUUGCAGUUUCCUAAUGACUAGUGCUGUUGGCCAGUAUUUCUUCCUCUUCCUCCUGCUCCCCCAUCCCCUGUUUUUUCCUUUUUGUUGUUGUUGUUUUGGUUUUGUUUUGUUUUGUUUUUUUCUGCCUUUUCAAGACAAGGUUUCUCCUGUAGUCCUGGCUGUUCUGGAACUGGAUUUGUAGACCAGGCUGACCUCAAACUCAGAGAUCUGCCUGCCUCUACCUCUCGAGUGCUGGGAUUAAAGGCAUCCAUCACCAUGCCUGGCUAUUGGGCAUAUUUUCAUGUGUAACAAGAUGAACUUUUAAAAUAUCAAUCUGAUCUUAUUGUUACUGUGCUUAAAACCUUUGCAGAACUUCAUCAUUGCUUCCAGAAUAAAAUUCCAAACUUCUUUGAUA